AUGGUUGCAAGGCUUGCUAAGCUUGUCCCCAUUGAUCCGUCACGUAUAACCACCAACAGACGCAACCAACCUGACCCUAAGGCACCGGCUCAUCAAAUAUUGUUGUCGGUCACUCUCAAGUCAAGUGACGAUCGGUCACAGAGAACAGUACAGCAGAUUAUUGAUGAUCUUGAUGAUUUAGUUAGGAAUAAAGGUUAUAAUUCGUUUUCACUGGAGUAUCCUACUAGUUGUCUAGAUGAAACAUAUGGAUUUUUACCUGUUGCCAAUUUGUGGGCAACUUACGAAAUUAAACUAAUUGGAUUGUUUGUUGGCCUCCUGAUAUUAGCAAUAAUAUACUUUUUCGCAAGAUGGAAGCAUCCAGAGGGUCAAAAUUUUGUUGUUGUAAAACUUGUAUUAAUAGUCACAGAUUUGAGUCUCGAUAUAGCAUUCGUACUCUUAAGCGCAAGGAACGUUCCGCAAAUACUUAAACCAAGUAUAAUCUUUUUAAUAGUUCCUAUUAUCUUCAAUUCUGGCCUGGCAUUCUCAAUUUUAAUGAAUGAAAUAAGGAAAACUGAUUUUCAAGAGUGGUUUGUCUGGCAGAGCACCACCCCAGACACGGAUGUAGAUAUAAUCGGGUGCGAAGUGGCUGUCGGCGGGGUAGGACACUUAUAUCGUAUGGGUCUCGAAAACAACGCUACUACUACUGCUGCUGAUUACGUAAAAGUGGCAUUCCUAUCUACUGGUUCUGUAACUGAUACAACGUGA